AUGUCCGCCGUUAAACGAGCAUUGCGCCUAAUUGAGCUCCCCGAGAGAGAGCAGGGCAAUCGUUGGAGCAAUGAAGACAUCCGCCCAGUUCCUCCCGAGCGACAGACCUGGGGUCCCCUCCAGUUCGUGGAACUGUGGUUCCUUGUCAACCUGAACAUAAGCACCUAUCAAACUGGCUCUUCUUUGAUCGCGACAGGCUUGACUUAUUGGCAAGCCAUCAUUGUCAUCUUGGUUGGAAACGGCCUUGCAAGCUUUUUUGCUGUUGUCAACUCGGUCUCGGGUGCUGCAAGCCACCUGGGGUUUCCCAUCGUUUCGAGAAGCGUCUGGGGUAUGUGGGGAGCAUACUUCCCUAUCCUCAACCGCAUCCUGACAUCAAUCACCUGGUAUGGCGUCCAAGCGGUGAUUGGGGGCAAGAUGAUCUAUGUCUGCCUGCGCUCGAUCUGGAUGGACCUCGAUGAGCGCAUCCCUAACAAGAUCCCGGCGUCCGAGGGAAUUACCUCCGCGCAGUUCCUGGGAUACUUCCUGUUCAACGUUCUGUGCUGCUUCUUCAUUUGGUUCCGACCGGGACAGCUGCGUCCCUACUUCCACGUUGGGUCUCUGGUGGUUGCGGUCACACUGUUCAUCCUACUUGGAUGGGCUGUGGGAACUAGCCAUGGUUACGGAAGUGUCUUCAAUUCGAAGACCACGAUCUCCUCGACCGAGCUGGGUUGGCAGAUGAGCGGAGGUGUCAUGUCGGUCAUCGGAAGCAUUGCGUCAGGCAUCUUGAACCAGAACGACUUCACCCGGUUUGCGAAGCGACCUAGUCAUGUCACCUACACGCAAGCGUUUUCAUUCAUGUUCACGAGCUCUAUCAUGGCCAUCGUGGGUGUUGUGGUCACUGCGGCCACACAAAACCAAUACGGCGGCGGGCAGCCUCUCUGGGAUCCAUCUGCGUUGUUUGUGGCAAUCCAAGAUCAACACGGUUCUCGAGGUCGCGCUGCGGCGUUUUUCCUCGGCGUCGUUUUCAUCAUUUCGCAGCUGUCGAUUAAUGUCGUCGGAAACGUUCUCGCUGGUGGCCUCGACGUUGCCAGCGUUUUCCCCAAAUACAUCAACCUCCGUCGCGGAGCUUACAUCCUUGCAGUCCUCAGCGUUGCCCCGGUUCCAUGGAAGCAACUGGCCUCAGGCUCGACCUUUUUAUCCGUCCUUUCAGCCUACGCGGUUUUCCUGGGGCCCAUGAUCGGCUUGCUCUGCGUGCACUAUUGGAUCAUCCAAAGGCGUCUCUUCCACAUCCCCGACUUGUACGAGGGGUCGAAGAAGUCCCUUUACUGGUACAAGUACGGCAUCAACUGGCGCACUUGUGUGGCCUGGACGUGCGCUGUCGUGCCUAGCAUGCCGGGAUUCGUACACGCUGUCAAUCCGAAGCUCACUGUUGGCACUGGUGCCACUCGAAUCUUCUCCCUCUCAUUCGUCCUGGGAUUCGUCAUUGCUUCUGUCCUCUCUUAUGUACUACAUUGGAUUUUCCCGUACCAGUAUCCUACCACUACCCUCCUCGAGUCGUUGAUUGAUGGCGAAGAGGAGGAGAACCCCGGCUCUGACUCCAGCGCAAAGAAUGUUGAGACUGUGCUUGUUUCAGAGACUAAGGGUGCACCUGAGAAAUCAGCAUUUGAUGCCUGA